GUUUUCUUUGUGGUGGCGGAGAACCCACAGCUUGCCGUAGUCCCAGUGAAACCUGGGUAGGAGAGUCAUAGCAGCGGCAGGGCGGCAAACUGUCCUCAAAUUUAACGAGUCCUCGUUAUAGUGAAUACUGAGAAACGCUCUAGCAACAAUGGCGAAGGUACAGGUGUUGAAUGUGGCCGUGCUAGACAACCCGAGUCCCUUUGGAAACCCCUUUCAGUUUGAAAUAACGUUUGAGUGCAUGGAAGACCUCCCUGAAGAUCUGGAAUGGAAGAUCAUAUAUGUUGGCUCAGCAGAGAGUGAAGAGUAUGACCAGGUCCUUGACUCCGUCUUAGUAGGCCCAGUACCUGCUGGGAGACACAUGUUCGUGUUUCAGGCUGACGCCCCAAACACUGGAUUGAUUCCUGAAAGUGAUGCUGUGGGUGUUACUGUAGUGCUGAUUACUUGCACAUAUCGUGGUCAGGAGUUUAUUCGCAUCGGUUACUAUGUCAACAAUGAAUACACAGAACCAGAACUUCGUGAAAAUCCUCCGAUCAAGCCAGACUACACACAGCUCCAGAGAAAUAUCCUUGCUUCAAACCCACGUGUUACCAGAUUCCAUAUAAACUGGGAAGGCUGCGCAGAGCGUAUGGAAGACUCUGAAAAUGUGGAUCCCACUUCAAACUCCAUGCUCCCUCCAUCCUGUCUCCCAGGCAAAGCUCCACCUUUGGGGAUACUACCAGAUAAUUCUAUGGACUGCUUAUAGAGGUGCCCUGUAGUGAUGACUUACAGCACGAGAACUUACUUUGAAUGCCUAUGGACAUUCUAGUGUGGACGUAAGGAUCUACAUUCAUCCCAGCUUUACAGCUGCCCUUAUUCCUCUGAAGCUUCACUUUAGGCUUCACAUGAGCAUUUGUUCAAAGGAAGAUUACAAACUUCUUUCUGCAAUUAUCAUCAUUUAUAGAUGGGAAGUUCCUUGCCUGUUUAAAAGCAAUAUUGAAGUAGUUUAAGUCAUGGAGACGGCAGCUCUGAAAUGAUACAGCUGAACUGAAUUGUUACAGAGAGCUCUUCUGUAAUUCACCUUCCUUUUGUUGGUGCAGGAUAGUUUUGUACUCAUUUAAGAGGAUUUCAGCACUGAAGCAAUAGCAGAAUAAAUUGCAUUAUGUUACUGUACAGACAUUUGAUAACGUACUAUUAUAUUUCUGUUCAAAUUGCACUUCAACAUUUUCCCAUUUAAAUUGUGGACUUGGUAUGGGCUGUACUACAUUCUUCGUGUGUUUUUGUUUUUGUCUGCAUUUUUGCGGUUCAAAUAAAAGAACAUUGUAUUUGUUA